AUGGAGGUUGAGGAAGCUGCGGAACCGGAAGGUGAAGUGGAGAAUUCCGUGUGGCUGAGGGCACGCAGAAAGCGUUGGGCGGAUGAAACGGACACCGGUGAGGAAGAGAGUGAAGGGAAAGUCAAAAGGGAACUUUUGUUGACCGAUUUGCCCAAUUUUCUUUGCGAAGAGCUGGAAAAUGUGAUGGUCCCCAGCAUUCUUGUGGACUUGCUCAGGCAUGACGAGAGCGCUCGAAAGAUUCACAGCAGAAGCAUUUGCAUCUCUAUUCAACCAAGUCAAGGAGGCCGAAGUUGUCCAGAGCAGAUUACGGCUGAAGUGGCUUUCGGAAAGCAGACUUGCACAGUUCCGCAGAACGGAGACUCAAAGCGGGUCACUAUUCCUGAAAAGGAUUUGGCCUGGCUUUCCAAGGAGCACAUAGUGGAAGCAUAUGAGGAUGGUGCAAUCCUGGGGAAGCGUGUAGAACACCAUGUUGAGCACAUCGAGACUUCACAGCAGAAGAGCUUUUAUAGUUAUUCGGAAGCAAGUCGAAGAGAUGAUGGUCGUGUGGUGGGGAUAAGGAUCAUGAUCGAAGGACAUUAUGAAAUGAGCGCCCACAUGGAAUUGAAAAGCAGCAGUUUGGUUUGGGCGUUUGCCUUGCAAGGUGAACGCGCAGCGUACCAGUCAGUUUUGCCUGCAAUGUCAACCACAACUGCAAUUGCUGCAGAAGCCGACUCCGUUCCUGUCACCUCGGAAGGCUAUCACUUCGAUUGCGAAGAGCCUACGUUCCACGCUCGCACGACUCAAAUCAACACAUGGAAGGUGCGCCAACUUGAGUUGAAGGGAGGAUAUGAGUGCAGAGCAAGAAGGGACGAGAAAGUUCAGACACAACAACAGCUACUGCCUGAGCAGCCGCCUUUGUAUGCUGCACCAGCUGUGCUGAAAUGCUGUGCGGAAAUCGGAUUAGAGGUGGAUCUUCUGAUCGGACACAGCCACGGCAGCCUUGUGGUCAACAGUCUUGCCAGCUUGUUCAAGCGGCUGGGUCAAGAGUGUUCGGUGAUCUUCUUGGAUCCCCGAACUACUGAGAAUCAGCUGUGGUCCUUACCGAUGUCCACAGCCUAUACCAGCGUUCAGAAUGCUUUGCCAAGCCAGCCUUUAGAGGCUUCAGAGACUUCAGCAGAACGACAGCUCACAGCUGAAGGACGACUCAAAUACCCACAAUUCCAAUGUCAACGGAGGAAAUUGGCGUUCCUAAUCAAGCCAAAGAGAGGGUGCUCUUGUGGUGAGGAUAAGGUCCUGUGCCAUGCGCUGUUGUGGCAAGAUGAUAGCGCUGGCAAGCUGCCACAGACUCAGGUGUCAAUGAGGUAUGCUGCACCGGCUGUGCUGAAAUGCUGUGCGGAAAUCGGAUUAGAGGUGGAUCUUCUGAUCGGACACAGCCACGGCAGCCUUGUGGUCAACAGUCUUGCCAGCUUGUUCAAGCGGCUGGGUCAAGAGUGUUCGGUGAUCUUCUUGGAUCCCCGAACUACCGAGAAUCGGCUGUGGUCCUUACCGAUGUCCACAGCCUAUACCAGCGUUCAGAAUGUGUCAUACCCACUGUUCAGGCUUUCAGGCGAAGUUUCUUUCUCUGCGCCAUUUGUUGUUCCACACCCUCUCUUCAAGGAGGCAUUCAAGGAGGCAGAGAGACUGUACCAAGAGGGUAUAAGAAUCGCACCGAAAACUGCCGUCUGGAGUGAUGCUCUCAUCGCACACAUGAAGGACGCAAAUCACGCAGGGGUCCCCAAAUUCUAUGACAUUUCUACACAGAUCCAACAAAUGCAACGGCAGAAAGCUUUGCCAAGCCAGCCUUUGGAGGCUUCAGAGACUUCAGCAGAACGACAGCUCACAGCUGAAGAGCUCUGGUCGACUUGCAGCCACGGCAACGACGCCUUCGGUGGCUAUUGCCUUCAGAAAGAUGACAUCUUUUUUUCGCCAAGUGCCUCCUACAAUGCAGGCUAUCACUUCGAUUGCGAAGAGCCUACGUUCCACGCUCGCACGAUUCAAAUCAACACAUGGAAGGUGCGCCAACUUGAGUUGAAGGGAGGAUAUGAUAUGAGUGCAGUGUCAAUGAGGUAUGCUGCACCAGCUGUGCUGAAAUGCUGUGCGGAAAUCGGAUUAGAGGUGGAUCUUCUGAUCGGACACAGCCACGGCAGCCUUGUGGUCAACAGUCUUGCCAGCUUGUUCAAGCGGCUGGGUCAAGAGUGUUCGGUGAUCUUCUUGGAUCCCCGAACUACUGAGAAUCAGCUGUGGUCCUUACCGAUGUCCACAGCCUAUACCAGCGUUCAGAAUGUGUCAUACCCACUGUUCAGGCUUUCAGGCGAAGUUUCUUUCUCUGCGCCAUUUGUUGUUCCACACCCUCUCUUCAAGGAGGCAUUCAAGGAGGCAGAGAGACUGUACCAAGAGGGUAUAAGAAUCGCACCGGGAACCGCCGUCUGGAGUGAUGCUCUCAUCGCACAUAUGAAGGACGCAAAUCACGCAGGGGUCCCCGAAUUCUAUGACAUUUCUACACAGAUCCAACAAAUGCAACGGCAGAAAGACGCUGGGCUUGUGACACCCGCGCAAUGAGCUCGUCGUUUCGGGAUCUCAUGAGAAGGAAGCGUGCUUGCAGUAGGCGGCUUGCCAGACAUGCAGUUUGUUCGUUCGAAAUGAGCACCUCUUCGUACUGCUGCGCAUCACAAAGCCACAUGUUGCCGGACCUGCACGCACUGGUUUGUUCAAAAGUUCAAUGCAGCCUUGCUUCUCGUUUCAACAACGGUCAAACAUGGAAGUUGG